AUUGAGCAGCGCGGCAGCAGUCUUCGGCGCCUCGAAAAUGGUGGCCUCGACGCACAGUCCCGAUGACCUGGGCGCCAGCAGUCCGGUAGCCAGCGCCAGCCAACGUCUCCUGCACCAUCCCCACCACUACCAUCACGGCCACCAUCAGCACCACCCGCCCCAUCAGCCGCACCAGUCGCACUUCCCGUCCCAUGGCAAGUCGGCUCAGGACAAACGCAGCCGACUCAGCAACGUCAUCAACAACCUGCUGAAGAAAGUACCGGCCGCUCCGGAAGCCAGCACCACGAGCAGCAGCAGCGCCGGCAAGUCGGAGAGCGCGCUCGGUGCGAACAGCGCCGCCGGCGGUGGACGCGACCUCGAGACACUGGAAAGCUACGUGAUGACGGUGCUGAGCAGCGUGGUCGAGCAGAAGAACAGCAGCGGCGAGGAGCAGCGGCAGUCGGCCAAGCUCGCGCCGGGGGACGACGAGGGCGAGGCGAAGCCCGACCAGGCGGCGGCUCUGCCGCCCAGCGAGCGCGAUCUCGCGCACGUGGCCAAGGCGGACGGUCAGCCCGCGACGGCCAAGGAGGACAGCUCGUUGUCGCCGAGGUCCCUCGGCGACAUCAUCCUCGAGCGACUCAGCGACCAGCAGCAGCAGCAGCAGCACCGCCCCCAGCAGUCGCCCACCGACGGCGAGGGCUCGCUGCGGACGGUCUGCCGGGAGCUGCUCGACGAGCUGCUGACGAGCGUGCAGGAGGCCGAGGCGACGCAGGGCCUGCACUGCAGUCUGCCUCUGGACAAGGUGGCCUCGGUGCUGCAGUCGGCGCCGCCGCCGGCCGGCCCGGAAGCCAGCAAGCCGGUGCGCCACCUGUGCCUCUACUGCGACCGCAAGUUCGCCUCGAUCUCGCUGCGCCAGCGCCACACGGAGCGCGUGCAUCAGGCCCCGGUCGGCGGGCGUCGGUCCGAGCGCAACGGCACCAUGGCCAGCCGCAAGCCCGGCCAGCAGAGCUGCCAGUACUGCGUGGACAGGUGCUCGGACAACCUGGAGGGGCUGUUCCGGCACCUGGUGGGUAGCCACAGCGACAGGUACCACGGCUGCCUGCAGUGCUCCACCAGAUACCUCAGCCAAGAUGCGCUCGCCACGCACAAUCGCGAGAGCCAUCCGCAGCCCGUGCUGGUCAAGGAGGAGCUGCAGUCGGCCCCGCCAGUGCCGCCGGAAUUCGACAGCAACUUUUACAGCAACGUCAGCUGCAACAUCAGGGAGAACCUGCUGCAUCACCUCGACGGCAAGUUGCAGCCCGAGGCACCGGAGAGCAGCAGCGGCAAGACGCCGCAGUACCAGCAGCUACCGAUCGACAUCUCGCUGACAGCGAUCACGCCCGUGUACGCGCCGUCGACGGCGCCCUCGUCCACGUCGGCCGAGGUAGUGGCUACGCUGGCCGAGCGGACCGAUAGUUCGGGCGAACUCGCGGACAAGCCGGGCACGAGCAGCAGCAGCAGCAGCAGCAGCAGCAUCAGCAGCAGUAGUAGUAGCAGCAGCAGCAGCAGCAGCAGCAGCAGCAGCAGCAGCAGCAGCAGCAGCAGCAGCAGCAGCAGCAGCAGUAGUAGCAGUAGUAGCAGCAGCAGCAGCAGCAGCAGCAGCAGCAGCAGCAGCAGUAGCAACAACAACAGUAGCAGCGGCAGCAGCAGCAACAGUCGCGCGCAUCCACGCAGGGUAUCGUUCGAGAAGUACAACUUCCCGAGGAAGUACGACGGUAAGGAGCAGUGGAGCUGCGCCAUCAAGGACCUGAGUCGAUUCGACAUAUCGACCCAACUGACACUGCGCAAGAAGCAGCGCUCCCUCAAGGACAGCGAGCAAGUACAACUCGACGUGCUGACGGUACUGUCGGAGCAGCAGCAUCAGCGGGACGAUGUCGCGGCCGGUGAUAGUGAGCGGCUCGCGGUCGCGAGUGGUGCGGACGAGCAGCAAGUGAGUGGCGAGUGCGCGGGUGGCGAGCAGACGACGCCGACUGUGUUCACCAACGAGUUCGAGAGCUUUCUCAAGCUGAGAAAACUCGGCAACGAUCCCAGUGCCGACCACAACCAAACGCAGAUCGCUUACGCUGAGCUUACCGGCGAGUGGGCCAGGCCAAGGAUCUACAUAUGCGGUGCUUGCGCCGACAGAUACACGACGCUGAAGGAGCUGGAGGAUCACAAAUCGGCUGCUCAUCCGAACGUCUGGUGUAUGCACUUCGAGUUCUCGGGCGAUCAACGAGAGCUGUACAAGCACCUGGUCUUUCUGCCGGGUGUGCGUUGCAGCAGCCCGACGCCGAGCAUGAAAACUCGCAGCCAGCAGCCGAGCGAACGGAUCUGCACCAAGUGCAACAAAAGUUGCGCCAGUCUGGCCGAGUUGCAUCGACACAUGCUCGAAUGCGGUGGCGACCAGGCAUGGCUGCUCGGACUCUUCGGCAACGGCAAGAAGAAGUGCAAGUGGCGGCCCUUCGGCAGCCGCAGUCGUCGACGUCGGCAGCGUGGCAUGAAGCGUAACAUACAGAACUCGCAGACUCCCCGAAACAACACGCCUAGGGAAAGGCCGUCGCACAGUGGACCUCGCGUUCGUCCAAGCGACCGCGAAAGCAUACAAAAAAUGUUGGCUAAUCUGCCAGCAAAGAGGACAACACGGAAAGUCCUUCAAGAAAAUGCCGCACGAUCUCAAGGCCGUCUCCGUAAUCUGCAGUCUCGCGCCAGAGCGGUAGAUAACCCAGCCUCGCGCAUAGUCAAGAGCAAGGCGGUGCUACGCAACAAACUGCUGAAGAAUGCCAAGUCGUUCCAGCGCAAGAAGAACCUGCGCGAGGAGAAGCAGCACGAGGUGGAAGCAGCCGAGCAGGACUCGGCGCUGGCUGUAGAGCCACAGCAGACGACGAGGCGCGGCAAGCACGUACGCGGCGUUCGGGUGCUCGGUAAAAAGAAGAACGUCGUCGCGUCGAGGGAAAGCGCCACCAAGCACGUCGAGCAGCCAAAGCGACGAAUCAUGCUCAGGAGUGCCGUGGACGCUACCACGCUCGACCACGAGGCAAAAGAGGACGAGGAGGGGCUGCCCAAGAAGAGCGCAAGCUCCGACUGCGCGGCGCCCGGCAGGAAGCUCAAGCGGCGAAUCCUUAAUCCUUUGACGUCGAUCAACGCUUCGCUCAAGGCCAAGUCGCAGCUGCGCACGAACGACGGCAAGUUCGCGCGCAACGUCGACAAGAAGCUGGUCGUCUCCCUCGACGUCAAGAGUCUGAAGAUCUCCAAGGGAUCGGUCAACGACCCCUCAAGACUGCUCACGCGCUCCAAGCUCAGGGCAGCCGCAACGUCGGCUUGGAAGGAGCACGCCAAGUUGUCGAGGCGGAUCACACGGCUGCGAUCGACUGACGCCGAAGGGAUCGAAACGGACUCGACGAACAAGGAGGAUGCUGUCGAGAAGAAUACCGAGCUCGUCACCGUCGUACCCAAACAAAAGAUUGGCAGAACCGCGUCAAGGCGUAAUCUGGAUGGCGACCUUGCCACGGCGGACAAAUCGACGACGGAAUCGACGCUCGUACCAAUUAUCGGCAGAGGCAGAAGACCAAAGAAGGAUGUGACCGAGGCGAAGGCUAACCGUGAAAGCCCGACGAAUAAAUUGGAUGAAUCGCCGACGGAACCGAAAACCAGAAGUCAGAGGUUGUCGUCGAACGGUGAGUCGCAGCCCAAGCUCAGACGCACGGUCACGUUCAAGGACGAGAGAGACGCGCUUGCGGAAGCACCAAAGAAGAAUUCCAAAUCCGCGUUGGAAGUGACAUCGUCGCCCGCUGUGGACGCUGUCGAAGAGAAGAUCAUUAAAAGAAGAAACUCGAAAGCGAAGGAAGGUCCAAAUAAGAAAGUAGCUAAAGAGAGUAGCGACAAGAAAAAUUCAAAACGAGCACAGAAAGAUUCGGAUAGCAAAAAAAGCGAGAAGACCGUUGAUUUGGAAGAUUCUUCUCCCUCGAAGAAAGAAAAGAUUCUAAGGAAAUCACAGAGAAACAAAGACUUUAACACUAAAGACGCGACCGAGGAGACCGAUUCGAAAGCAGAAACGAAGAUUAAAGAGACGAUAACAAAUGAGGCCGUUAAUAGAAAAGAAUCAGCCAUUGAAACGCCGAAUGAUUUAGAAAAGGGCGACGCGGACGUUGAGAACAAGCAACAUAUUAUCGAGCCUUGUCCGAAAAAGACGGUGCCUGGUAAGCGUCGCGGUCGAGUCAAGCGCAGUGUCAGUAAUAUCGAUGGGAUCAAAUCAUCAGACGUAGUUUCAACUGUGAUCGAAAAAUCAGAUAAAAUUGAAACUGAGACUGCUGAGGUGCCUAAAGAAUUUACCGAAACGGAGGUGACAAAUCUCACAACUCCGAACACGAGCAGCGAAAAUAACGACUCGUCGAUUGUUAGCAGCGAGGAUAGAAGUGAUAGUAGCAACGCACAAAAUUUGAGUCUGGAAGCUUUGCAGCAUGAAUCCUCGAACUCGAACAUGGAUAGUGGCAAAGAAAAUUCGUCAGAAACUAUUGCGAACUUAUCUAAACUGAAAGUUGUACGUCCAAAGAAGUCUAGAGGUCGCAAAGACAAAUCCAUGGCUACCAAAAGAUCCCUUAACAAUGUUAUUGGUAUACUCACCGAGGGGGUCAACGUACCAUUGGAAGCCCAAGACUCUACGAUAGUUUUAACAGCUCAAACUACUAUAGAUACGGUCAUUAGUAGUAAUACGCAAAUCACUUGUCAGAGUAGUGAUCAAACGACGAUAGAAAAUAGCAAUUCUAGUACCAUUGAAAGUAAAGUUACGGAUGUAUGUGAAAAUAUCAAUGAUAAGGUUGCAGAUGUUGCUGAUGUGAGUGCUAAUGCAGCUGUUCCGAUUUCUGCGGCUCUGCAGCAAACGAGUGAAGGACCUGCGACAGUAAUGUUCGAAGAUAUCAUUCCCAAAAAACAGGACGAUCCGAAAGCUGCGGAAGAAAGUCAAAAAGAGACGAUGCCUAUUUUAGAGAAAAUUAGCAGUGAAGUUGCGAAAGAAGUUGUGCCCAUAGUGGAGCAACCUACGAAUGAUAUAAUUUUAGAUUUAUCCAGGCGAAAGCCGAAAGGUAAGGGAUCAUUUUUAGAGAAAAUUGUAUCGAAAAUAGCAAAGCAGAAGGACGUUUCUCUCGACGGCGACAGUAGUUGUCAUUUAGACAUUGCGCAUGUUUCAUUAAACACUCAGAAAAAUUUGGAAAAUACUAGCAAACAAAUACAUAUACAAGAAAUUUAUAGUACAAAAAUAGAAGAAAUUAAACCCGAAAGCGAAAGUGUGCUAAAUAGGGAAACGAGUGUAAAUUUAAAUGAAGCUAUGGUAAAUAGUGUAAAUAAUGAAGUUAAUGAAGUUAAUGAAGUUAAUGAAGUUAAUGAAGUUAAUGAUACCGACGCUUUAGUAGAAGAAAAUAUUCAAAAGAGUGUAGAUACGUCAUUAUCGAAGGUAGAUUCUGUAAGUAAUUCUAUUAUUGAAGAUUCUGUGGCAGUAAGUGUAAAAACGGCGGAAAUUAGUGUUAGUAAUGAUAUUAAUGAAAGUGAAAGUAAAUUAGUAGAUAAUGAAGUCGAAGUGAUGAAUGGAGUUAUUGAAAAAAUCGAUUCUAAAGUAUCUAUUGAUUUAGAUAAUAAAUUACUUGUUACCACUGAUCAAGAAAGGACAGACACUAUCAAGCAAAAAUCAAAACAAAAACAAAAGUCGAAGAAAAGAUCUUUAGACAGUGAUUCUCCGACGAAGAAUAAGAAAAAAUCAGUAGACGAUAAUGAUACUGAAAACAAGGACGAAGAAGAAGAAAUUUGCCUUGCUGAUAUUAUAAAAUUACUAAAUAGAUCGAAACCUAGUGAAUUACCGAUUGAACCAGCUGAAAAAAUUGAAGUCGAAGCUGUAAAAUCAGGUAAACGAAAAACUCCUGACGACGAGACGGUACUAGAAUCGUCCAAUACAGAUAUCAAUGAAACGAUCUUCAAUACUUCAUUAAAUAACGAACACGAAAAUCCUAAAAAAUCCAAACGCAAGGGUGGACAAAAAAAGAACAAAAACAAUGAGCAUCCAAAAUCAUUCAGUGACAUUUAUAACGACAUGGAAUAUCAGAAUGAGAAUAUUUGUAAGACGAGUAGUCAAGUCGAGCAGCAGAUUGAAAAUAAUAUAAACAAUAAAAGCGAUAGAAGCGAGCUCAAAGUUGAAAGCAGCCGUUUUCCCAUAAUUGAAAAUACACAAGAAAAGAAUCAUGCUGAAAAAAGUGUGACGAAUAGUUUGAUUAAUAGCCAAGUUUUAUUACCAGAGCAGAAUUCGGAAACAGAAUUGCACGACGAAAAAAUUGAAAAUAAAGUUGUCGAUGAUGCCGUAUCCGAAAACUCUAUUCAAGAAAAACCGUCAAAAUCAAAGAGAAAAGUUGCAUUGAAAAACAGUAUUUACGUCAAAGAACUUGAGUCAAAUGAAGAAAUUCUUCCAAGAACGGACGAAUCAUUCAAAGUUCCUGAAACGACUGAAAUUGGGAAACCGGGUAGAAAACGUAUAUCAAGGAGGCGAUCUCGAAUUGAACGUUCUAGUAGUGAUCAAGAAUCUGAAAAAGAUGAAGACAUUAGCGAAAAACAAACUUCAGAAGAUAAUGAUAGUGUGGAUCAAAACUCGUCAAUGUUUGAGUCAGAAGAAAAGUUGAUAAACAAUUGCGUUUCUAAACGUACUACUCGAAAUAGCAAGCACGUUGAAUUUGAAGAAUUAAUCGAAAGCACUGCGAAUAUGAAAGAAUCAGACGAUUCUGACGUAUCUCCAUCGAAUAAUAUUGAGACGAUACGACGAAGAAGAUCGCAACGUAAAAAUAUUAAUAUCGAUUGUAGUCGUGACGUUUCAGAGAGCUUUAUCGAUGAAAACGUGCCAUCAUGGGAUAUGAAACCCGAGAGAAAAUCUAUUACGAGUAAAAAAGCCAAGAAAAACGUUACAAUUAUUGAUGAACCCGUCGAAAUUGACGGUGAAAUUUCAACCAAUGUAGAUAGUUCAUUGGAACCCGAAAAUAUGGCUGUUGAAAAAUUAAAUUUGGAACAAAUUAACGAGACGCAUAUUGAAGUCGAAGGAGUUAAAGCUGUCGAGGAAUUGCUUUCAAAAGAAAUAACGAUCGAAAGUGAUAGCAAGAUCGAAAAACCGUUGGUGUGUGAAAUAAAAGAGACCGAGUUGCAAGAAAAGUCGGGCGAAAUUCCAAAUGUUCAAGAAAAUUUAGAAACAGCAGAAGAAAGUUGCGAGAUCUCGAGCACACCCGAGUCUCAGCAAACUUCUAUUGAUGAGACACUUGAAACCACAAAUAAGCAGGAGUCCGCAUUGCCGAACGAACUUUCCAGUUACGAGCACGACGAGUCGUCGAACUUUGAAAUGCAAGCUCCAAAGAAGCGAGUAGCUGGCAAUUUUGCCAUCGUUACGAAGUCCGGCAAGGUAUUGAUUGUUGAGAAAAAGAAAAAGCUCACGAAGGAGGCGGCCAAGUUCUUCUGCGAAGUUUGCUCGACGAGCUUCACUCGCAAGAGCAGCCUUAAAAAGCACAACUCCUCACAAUCGCAUAUUCUGCAAGUGACUAUGCACGGCGAUAAAACUAAAAGUGCUGCUAAGGAACUCAAAGACAGCGAGCAUGUACUGCUAUCUGACAACUUGGACAACCUUGCAGACGAAAUUAUUGAUCGUGAAGAUGAGAAAAAAAAUGCAAUAGACGAAGAGAAAGAAAUUGAAGCGGUGGUCGAAAACGACAUCAUGCCAGUAGAAGAAAACAAAGAAGUUGCAGAUCAAUUGGAAUUGAAAGAGGCCGUAGCGAUAAUAGAGGAGAAAACGUCAGAUGAACCGAAGAUGGAUGUCAACGUUGUUAAAUUCAUAAAGCCCGUCAUAAUUAUACCGGAGCCACGUUUUGCUCAUAAGUCGCCCGAAGAAGAGUUGGAGGAUGAAAUGCUGGAUGAAGAGAUAUGUAAGAUUACCGAAAACAUGAGCCACGACGAGUAUGUGCUCACUGAUCACGUUAGUCCUCUCACUCCCGAGGCAUCAUCGACACCGGUUAACGAAGUUGUGCCACUCGCCAAAAAUCCCAAAGCGUCUAUGGAAAUACCCACACCGUUUAUCAAGGCACCGCCAAAAAUGAAAAAGAAAGACAAGAAGAAGAUUAAUUUGACUGACGAGCAUCUUAGCUUAGACACACCUAUACCGAUAAAAAUACCUGAAACACCAUCGUCUGUCAAGUCAUCCGGGGAUGCAUUAAGUGAAAAGAAUUUGGAUUCGUGUUUAAUCCUCUCGACGGAAAACGACACUCUAGUAGAAGGUGAAAUUAAUGAACCUGUAGAACCUGCAAUACAAAACGGGGAGAUCACUAUCAGCAAAAAUGAAACUAAAUCAAAGAAAAAUGCCGAAAAGAAAAGUACCAACGAAAACAAACGGUCGAUCCGUAAUAAGAAUCAGCAUUGUAAUCAAAUGGAGGAAAUUAAUUUCUCAGAAUCUUCUCGUCCAAAGAGAAAUCAGUUGAGGCCGAGUUAUAAGGAAGACGACUUUGACUUGAUAGAAUCUCCCAAUGAAAGUACCGAGGAACAAGAGACUUUGAAAUCUAAAAGAGAUAAGAAUAAUGUUAGUGCUAUUGAAAGUGAGCAAUCUGACUUCGAGAGAUAUGUUUUGCACACAAAAGCUAAGCAAACUUCAACAAAGCAAAAUAAGAAUAAUCCAAGUGCUACCGAGAUAAUAGAUGCCGAAAAAGAUAUUCCUGAUAAGAAGCAGAAAGGAAAGAAAAAUCAAGCAAGGGGAGAUAAAGAGGCCGAUAAUGCCGAAGAUUUGGAGAUCUCUUUAAUCGAAAAAGAUGCACUCGAGACUGAAUUGAAUGAUAACGAAGAUAUUAAUUUUAUAAAAUCGAAAGUUGAAAGCAAUGAAGUCAAAGACGUAGCCAUAGAACUUACUGAAGAUAUCAUUGCGGAAAAAGUUGAACCUGCCAAAAAGAAACGAGGCAGAAAACCGAAGAAUGCUAAAGUGGAUGUCGAAAAAUCAAUUCUUGACAGAGAUGUUUCUAUCGAUAGUAGUAAAAUAUUAAUUGAAGAAUCAGCAGUUGAAAAGGAUGUAGAUGUAUCUAUUGUUCCGGAGAAGGUUGCUACUGCUGAUCAGAAACAAUCAAAAUCAAAAAAGAAUCGAAAUAAACGAAAAUCUAAGAAUUCGCCCGAAAACGAACAAACAGCAGAUACAAAAGAGUUAUCAAAUGCAGAGUUAACUGAAAAAAGCACAUUUACGGAUGAUACUGAAAUAUCAAUUCAGUCGCUACCUGUUGAUCAAACUGUUAACGUAAAUAUUUCUGACGAGAGUACAAAACAAACACUUUUCUCCAAAAGAACCGAAAACUUGAAGACUUUCGAGGAAGCUAAAAACGACGUGACAUCGGCGAUGCUUGGUGACUUUGACAGUGAUGAAAAUUCUCUGGAUACCAACAUUUCUGUAGACAUUCAAAAACUUUUAGAUGAUCCCGAGAUGACUACGGAAAUCGCUAAUGAAACCGAUGAGGAUUCACAGAGUACCAUAACCAACGUCGACGUGAUGAACGUUAAAAAACCUAUCACACCCAUUGUAGCGUCGGAUGCCAAAGAAGAAUUAAACAAAACGGAAAAGUCAUCAACCAAAUAUCCAGUAGAUAAAAAAGCAAAGAAACGUGGAAGGAAACCUAAGAACAACGCUGUUAAAACGUCAAACGACGCUUUGAGCUCGAGCGACGCAAGUGAAAUCGAAGAGAAGACGGAAGACAAACCACAGAGAAGCAAAAGCAAGAUCGUCAAGAGCGUAUUUGGUCGUGUGUUCGGUGGUGAAAAAGUGAAGGAGGUCCUCGACGAUUGGCAAUCACGUUCGGAUUGGUCUGACGAGAGCGUAGACGAAAAAGUUGAAAAGUUUACAAGAAAAUCAAGAUCGGUGAAGAAUCAGCGUAAUGUCAAAAAAUUGACAGAAGUAGCCGGCAGAAGUAGGCAAAGUAAGAAACGUGCAGAAGAGUUGAUUUUUCGGGCUUUCAAUGAUGACUCGCCGGUAAUCGGUGAAAGUCGUGUAACUAAGAAUCUCAGAUUAUCAAGAAAAAAUCAAGUAAAAUCUGAUAGUCCUUCCAAGGAUAAGACCGAGGACGAAGAGAACGAAGGCGAUGGCGAAGAUUUAGAAGUAGAGAAUGAGAAAGUCAGUUGCAAGUUGAAGACAGGUAAAAAGAGAAGCAAUGCCAAAGACCUGGUUGCAUCAUUCGAGUCUAAGCAGGCGAAAUAUCAGAGUAACGACGAAGACGAGCAAGAGAUGCUAGAUAACACCGAGGAUUCUCAGGUAUCUCAGUCGACGCUUGAUAAAGCCCAAUCUUCCGAGGUGGAUAACACCGAGACGGAAGAAUUGAAUGGAAGGCUCUCACCGACUUACUCGAGCAACGAAGACGCCGACACAUUGCGUUCGUCAAGUGACGAGGAAAAUAGCCAAAAGCAUAAGAAGAAGAGGUCGAACGAGAUGCUGACCAUCGCUCCAACUGACGCAGUUGAAGACAACGCUCAGGAUCUCGAGCUACUUGCCAAUAAACCCAAGGUGCUCAAUUUUGACGAGGAGCUUUUUGUUGAGUGCUGCUCGAGACUCAAAGCUACGAGUGAGAAAGAGUUUCGGAAUGCUAAAAAGAUCAAGCUCGACCACUCAGUGGAUCAUCAACCCGGCCACUCGCAUCACCAUAGAAAAGACGAACAACUUGCCUACAGGAAGGAUCAUUGGAAAGACGUGGAAAGUCAAAACAGCUUGGGAAGCUUGUUGGAAUCAGUCAAUCAGUUGCUCGGUGAAGAAUACAACAGCCAAGAGAAAGACUACUCGAUAAAUGCCUCAAAGCGCCGGCAUCACAGUCACCAUCAUCACCAUCACCACCAUCAUCAUCAUAACCGACGUCAUGAUAGUCCCGAACGAAAUUUGCUUGAGCGAGCCACCGAUGACGAUAACAUGGGUUACGACGACAGCCUCGACGUCGCGUUCGAGCACAACAAUAAGCUUAGGGAUAAGAUUCAGCAGAGGAUGCGUGAAAGCGAGGAUCUUAUCGCUACGUCUUUUGGCCAAAAGAAUAGCUCCGAGAUAGAGGCAGGUUAUAACAGCUAUACUUUCGACACCGCGCUGAAUGAGCGUCAUUCCAAGAGCAAACCAAGCAAUGGAAUAGAUGGUUUACUCGACAAAACCUUGUCAAAUUUGCUUCAGAACAACGAAAAGCAUGAUCAUCCUUCAACACCUAUGAAUCUUCUUGCUGAAUUAGCGUGUGCGCGAGCUCCAAGCGUCACAACACCAACGAUACCGGAAAGAUCCAGAAGAUCACCUCCUUGUCACGAAGAAAUCAGUCCAUCGAUCGAGGAUAACAAUCAGUUUGACUCAAAAGUCAUUACGAAAAAAUCCAAAAACCCAAUCAAAGAACUGUUUGAACGUAAAAACGAACUUAACGAAAAAAAGCAGCAUAUCAUAAAACUGAAAAUAUCAAGUCCUAAAUCGUCCGACAAACCGAAGAAGCAAAAGAAAGCCAAAAAUGCGCAACAUAAUCUGCCGAUAAUCCGUACAAGUCAAUACCGUGGUGGCUUGGCCGAAAGAAAGAAACGUCGCGAUAGUAGCUUUUUUGAUAAGAAAAAGGAUCAAAGUGGAUUAGACAAGGUCAAAGAUGUGUACGACUUUGACGACGAGGAGAGCGAAAGUGAUCCAGGUAUACCACCCGUACUAUCAUAUCGGAUUAAAGCAGAAACUCCCAAAGAAAUCAAUAUGUCGGCGCUAUUAUCCAAGACCAUUGGAGAUACUUUGGCGAAUGGUAAGUCUGUCAGUGCGAUUGGUGAAAAUCUGGAGAAUAUGGUCGAUCGAAAGUUCAAGGAUGUUGACAAUUAUGAGAUUGGCAUCCAAUCACCUAUUAGAACGCCCGUCGAAGGUGAUACGUUGUCACAGCUGAACGUCAUACGUUCUAUGGAUGAUUUUGUUGAGAGACGGCAAAAAUCAAAACGAUCGUCGGGUGAGCAUUCAGCCAAUAAACACUCUGGCAAGUCAAAGAAGAAAACGAGUAAAAGUUCGAAAAAAAAGUCGAGAAACGCUUGGUACGAGAAUGACAGUUCGGACGAAUUUGUGACUAAACUCAAAGCCGAUGACAUUGGAGUUGGUAUUUCGAAAAGUCAAAGAACUUGCUCAAAAGGAAAACAGAAUCUGUUUGCAGAGAUCUCGUCCACUUCAUCGGAAAGCGAGUUUGAAGAAGACGAUGUUCACUUUAGAAAGAAAAGACCAAUGUCCGCCAAAAAAUUUAGUAUGGAAAAAGAAACAAGUGAGUUUGCAGAGAAAGAAGUAGACGAUUGGCCUAUCAAAAAGUCGAGUGUGAAAAGAAGUUCACCGCUCAUCGAUCACGACAACAAAAAGUCUGAAUCCGAACUGUCAGAUCAUCCGCUAGUCAUAGAUGAGAACCUAAAAGAAUCUGGUGACACAGAACAUCAAACCAACAGCGACGAUGAAACCGAAGAGCGCAUUUUUGAGCUUGAUGAUCUUUAUCGAGAAGACAGCUCGAUCAUCGACUCCGAUCACGACGAAUCUUUCAUCGCAACUGAGGAAAAAUCAGACUCUCUCGUUAAAGCUCCUAACGCGUCCCCCCAAGAUAAAAUAUCUUCGCCCGAGAAAUAUAUCACCAUUGAAGACGCAUUAGAACUAUUAGAUCGUCCCGAGGAAGAGACACUGUCGGCACCACCGAUCACAGAGAAAUUUUCCACAGCUUCCAAACUAUCCACUCCCGAAGUCUUCCUAAAAACUGAAAAACCACAAACCGACGAAUCUCACGACGACGAAGAAGAAAACCUACCGGAAAAGCUAUCGAGCAAUGAAAAACCUGAACGUCAGUCAGAAAAUCUGCCUUUGCACGUGUUUUUGAGCCGUAAAGUUCAAGAGUCAAAGAAGCGAAAACAACAGCAGGAGAUAAAAAAACUGAUGGAAGAGCAGGAGCGCAUAAUGCUGGAUAUGCAGCCAGCGAGGCGCCAGAGAAAGUGUGCUAUAGGUAAACAAGGCCUACUAGCCGAGAUCAGCAGCUCGGACGAGGAGCUCUCGGUACCUUGCAGAAAGAAAUCCGCCGACCGAGCGGACAACCACGAGAAGCCGCGCAGCAAACAAAAGCAACGCGAAUCAAAAGAGAAGCGCAAAGAGAGAUACUUGGAGAAGAAGCACGAGCAGAUGAUAGCCAAGGAGCAAAAAGCCAUUGAAGAGGAGAUUAUGCGUGAACUCGAGGAAAAGAGAAUGAGUGCGGCCAGCGAGGCUUCCAGCUCCGAAAAAGACGAGAAGAAGCAAGCCUCCGCCGACGAGUCGUCAAGCACAAAAGCAAAGAUUCCAACAAUCAAGAAUAGGAAGGCCAAUUCGAGAAAGCUGAAGAAUCAUGAAGCACCUGAUGAAAAUAAGGGUAGGCAAUCGAACUCGACGAGCAGAAUCGUAACGACUGAUACCGAAAACGAAGAUGUGAAUACAUCACCCGAGGCUACCUUUACGAAGAAGAAACGACCAGCGGCAAAAUCUCCUCAAAAAACUAAAAAAUUUCAGAAGAUAAGUGAAGCUAAGACACCAAACGAAACGAAAAAACUCAAGCAAACUCCGAGCAGCACGCAGAAGCGCUCAAAAAAUCGACCAAUAUCCGUUAGCCGGAAUAAAGAGACAAAAGAACAACCGCGUUUACAGAGCAGUAAACGAGAAUCCGAUCUGGAUGACGACGAAGAACUCAAAGCUGCGAAAUCCUGGAACAAACUCGAUGAGGGAGUAGGUGUAGCGAUUGGCCGCAGAAAACGGGCAGCCGCUAAUCAACUGUACUAUUGGUCAAGCUCAAGCGAAGAUGAGGAGGUGGCUUCGGUUCUUCCACCUGUUCCUGUAGUCCCGCCAAACCUGCCGGUCAUACCAGAAGGAUCGGACGAUGAUAAGUUACAGCAACACGGCUGGAUUGUCGGUGACUCGCACAAAAAAAUGAUCACGAUGCUGGCAAUGGAAAAGCAGCUAAAGGAAAAACGACGUAGAAGUGAAAAUGACGAACAAACACCUGGCGCUAACGGCAGCAGCGUUGGUGGUAAGGGCAAGAGCAAAAAGCAUCGAAAUAGCACUUCUUGAUACGUGUUCUACGAAUAAGGAUCCAUGUGAUUUUAGUGUGUGGUAGAUUAUUUAUUAAAAACGCUUAUUCGAUUUUUCAGAGCGAAAACUCUACGUAAUGAGUAUUUUUGUUUUUUUACUUUUUGAGAAUGAGUUGGCGUUAACAGUUUGUACGGCGCAUAUUUAUAUGAAAAAUUUCUUUUCCUGUUAACUGCACAAUGAAUGAAACUACAUGAAAAAGAAAAAAAAUCAGAUCUAGAAUUUGUAAAGUAAAUUUUUAUUAUGCUGAACGGUUUUCUAACCAUAAAAAAUAAAAGAGUAAAACGUUGGUUUUUUCGUAAAGUAAAUGAUGCAAUAUUGUUUUAUAAAUUUUGUAAUCACUGUAUCUUAAUUGAUUGCACAUGUGAACGAGUUCAGUUAUUUUGCUUAGCGAUAUAAAUUUUAAAAUUUAUUGCUGACAUUAGUUAUAGGCGUGUGUUUGUAAUGAGAGAGGGCAAAUGUGAAACUAAAAAGAUAUUUCGCGAUUAAAAGUGUUGUACAGGAUAGGCUUUUUAGGUACGGUUUCUUUGUAUAUUUGUACUUGUAGAUUCAUUUUCGUACCUUUUUUCAAAAACUGUAGUUUACUUUCCGCAGUUAGUUCAAAAUACAGAUGGAACUACCCACUAGUGUUAAGUUUUGUGAUUCUUGCAUUGAAUAUAAAGAAAAGUUUCAUUAUUAGGAAAUUAUCAAAUUUAGUCAUAUUAUCUUUAAAGCGAAGACGAAUAUUACUGCCUAAGAGCUGUCGUUCAACAUUCACUAGAUUAUCUUCCUUACAGAUUGUCACUUAGAUUUUUCCAUGAUCAACGUACGCCAUCAAUAAUAUUAAUCAAUAGUUCGUUUUGUUUUGUAGUUAAAAAAAAUUAUAUUUAAUUGAAAAUAAGAAAAGUUAAGAUAAGCGUGUAAGAAAUAAACGAUGUACUGUACAUAUAUAGUCGCUUGGCGUGUAAUAGUAGCGAAUAACUUUCGUUCUAAUCAUAUUUAAGAUGUAUAAUUAAAAGAAAUUGAAGAAAAGACCCUGAUAGAUUGUAAUAAUUAUAACUUUGUAAACUUAGACUGAAACAUGAAAUGAGAAUAAGCUAUUGAAGUUCACAAUAUAGCGAGGUGGAUAUAAAAAUAUGGCAAAGCACUUGUAGACAAUAUUAACAAAUUGGUCUUCUGUCAAAUAUCGUUCAAUUUUCUUUCAUUAAUUUUAGUUUUAGUGCAAGAACUCUGUGUGUGAUGGUAGGCAAAUAUAUAAAAAUGUUAGAAAAAAUAUUUGAUAAAAAUCGAUUUAACUUAACAUUCGUCUUGAAGUCAAAUCGACUAUAUUUACCCUGCAUACAAUACUUGAGUAAUAUACUCUAAAACUAGCAAACGGUUUUAGGCUUGGGUAUUGUUUUAAGGGCGUGUUCUAUAUGCUUUUCAUCUAAGCUUAUCGGGUUUAAUGACAUAUCGCAGAAUCUUAGCAAAUUAAAGGCGAAUUUGUUAUAAAUUUGCUUGUAAAGAAAAAAAAGUUAAAAAAAAUUAUUUACGAGCGUUAUUAAGGUCGGUAUUUGUAAUAUUAUAAAACAGUCUUCGCUUGAAUUCCUUACAAAUACUUUUUUGUUUUCAUUUUGAAUGUGUUCGACGUAACAUUUAGGAGUCUUAUCGCAAUCAAUUAAUUAAUUAAUCAGUUUAUUGAUUUUUUAGUUAAUUAAUUUUAUACCAAAAGUUAUCAAAAAUUUGUUGAUAUUUACUUUUUUACUAUAAUAGAGGUGAUGUAUGUAGCGAUGAAUUUUUGUUCAUAAAGUAAAUAAUAAAAAUACAAUGUGUUUGAUUUGAUCUUUUGAUGGUAAACGUAAACGACACUAUGCAUUAAACGUAUAACAUCCAUAUUAAUAAUUAUGCGAACGAUUAUAGACUCUGUUGUAAAUUUACUGCCAUAAUCAUAUUACCAUACGAAAGCCUAUGAGAAUACCUACUAUAUAAUAUUACAAUUUUAAUUAUUCCUGUAAAAAUGAGAUGUUACACAUCCAGUGUAAAUAGAGCAUAUUUUCAAUGUGUCUGAAAAAGUAUGUUUUGUAAUAUAAGCAUUGCGAGAGGAAAUAAAAUGACUAAAGAUAAUGUUGUCCGUGUU